AUGUCUUCUUCUUUUUACAACCACAACUCAUUAUCAACUAGUCACAGUAAUUCCACUUUGCAUGAGGGUUGCGCUUUCUGGAACUACGACGAUAUCACUAGAUGCGCAAGACUUGAACUAGACUUUUACCCACCAAUUGUGUUGGGAAGUGUUUCAUUUCUUAUCUUGGCUGUAAAAUCGUUGAUAUCACUCCAGAAAAGGCGAAAAAACCAAGGUCGCGGCGAGAUUUACCUUGAUGAAUCAGCUCAAGAGACUCGACCUUUGAUUGCUACCAGUGACAAUUAUGGCGCCACAACUACGACUGCUGCAGAUGGACCACUCAUGGUGACUACCACAGAUAACAAAACGCUUACCAAAGAAGACCUCAAGGCAUUGCAUUUUGAUCUCGCUAGACUACCACACACAAACAUUGAUGGUACACCACACGGGUAUGUUGAGCAAGUUUACAAAAACAUGAGUGAACGACUCAGAGUCUCUAUUGAAUACAUCUUGGUCAUCUUAUCAGUAUUCUUACACUUUUCACCAUUCAUUGUUAAGCCAUUACACAAGGAGUUUAAACAUACUUUUAUACCUUGUGUCCAAUCAAUCUUUUGGUUAUAUGUUUUUGUCAUUGUUUCAAUAAGAGUAGCCAAUAUGCGCAGAGUUUCAAUUAGAUUACCAAACCUUUGGAUCCACACUACGGCACUCUAUUUUUUCAGCUUUUUCCCAGCAUUGUUAACAUUUAGGUCAGCAUUAGUAAGCAGCCAAAUGAGUAAAACUUUGCGCCAAUAUUACAUCUUUGAGUUUAUCAUCAAUGGCAUCUUGUUGUUUUUGAAUUUCACUGCCAAAAUUGGAGACAAACCAUCUGAACUUUAUGUGACCCCUGGUAUAAAGCCAUCGCCGGAAAACGUGUCCAGUAUUGCUUCGUUUAUCUCUUAUAGUUGGAUCGAUCCAAUGGUGUGGAAGGCAUACAAGAGUCCAUUGCAAAAGAAUGACAUUUGGGGAUUGAGAGAAGACGAUUAUGCAUUGUAUGUUCUUAAAGGAUUUGAGGCAUCAAAGUCUACUUUGAGAUUUACUUACAAGAUCUUUUGGCAUUUCAAAUUCUUGUUUGCAAUUCAAGCAUUCUGGGCAGUUGUGCAAUCAGUACUUGUGUUUGGCCCAGCAAUUUUAUUAAAGAAAGUCUUGGAGUACGUUGCUGACCCCACAACCACAUCGAGCAAUUUGGCAUGGACCUUGGUGUUUUUGAUGCCAAUUGCAAAGAUGGCUGACACAAUUACUUCUGGAUGCUCAUUGUUUUUAGGAAGACGUGUUUGCUGUAGAAUGAAGGCAGUCAUUAUUGGUGAGAUUUACGCAAAAGCAUUAAGAAGAAAAAUCACCGUGACCGAAACUGGCAAAGAGGAAGAUGAUGCACAAGGAAAUUCUAGUAAAGAUGUUGGUGUUGAAAGAAUUGACGAAGAAAUUAACAUCGGCCUGGUAAACGAUAAUGUCAACGAUAAAGACAAUGAAAAAGAUAACGAUAAGGAUAAGGAUGGUAAGAAAACAGCUGAGCUUGGUGCAAUUAUUAACCUCAUGGCCAUUGAUGCAUUCAAAGUCUCUGAAAUCUGUGGCUACCUCCAUUACUUUGUGGGCGCGAUUUUGAUGAUCAUUAUCUGUACCAUGUUAUUAUACAACUUGCUUGGAUGGAGUGCACUUGUCGGCUCGUUUACAAUUAUAAUCUUGUUACCAAUUAACUACAGCUUAGCGCAAUGGAUGGGACGUUUGCAAAAGAAGAUGUUGCUGAUUACAGAUAAGAGAAUACAAAAAUUGAACGAGACAUUCCAAAGUAUCCGUAUUGUCAAAUUCUUUGCUUGGGAAGACAAAUUUUACGAAAGCGCUAUGGGUAUCAGAAAGGAGGAGUUGUAUUACUUGAAAAAAAGAUGUGCCGUUUGGUGUGUUGCUGCAUUUAUGUGGUUUAUUACACCAACGUUGAUCACGCUUGUUUCAUUCUAUUGUUACACAAUCGUUGAAGGGAAAACUUUGACUGCACCAGUGGCGUUCACUUCGUUGGCAUUGUUUACAUUGUUGAGAGCACCAUUGGACCAGUUAGCAGAUAUGACUUCGUUUGUCAUCCAAUCUAAGGUUUCGCUUGAUAGAGUUGCCGAUUUCCUUAAUGAAGCGGAAACUUCUAAAUAUGACCAGUUGGCACAGGAAAAAGAUGAAAACUCACCCUUGAUUGGUUUCCAAGACGCCACAUUGUCGUGGAACUCUCUGUCCAAGGCUGAUUUUAAAUUGAGAGACGUGAACAUUGAAUUUAAGCCUGGUAAGUUGAAUGUGAUUAUUGGUCCAACUGGUGCUGGUAAGACAUCAUUGCUUUUGGGUCUUCUUGGUGAAAUGGAUUUGAUUAGCGGUAAAGUGUUUUUACCAGGAAUAAUACCUCGUGAUGACUUGAUUCCCGAUGACUCUGGAUUAACAGAGUCUGUUGCUUACUGCUCCCAAUCUGCAUGGCUUUUGAAUGAUACCAUUAGAGGUAAUAUCAUUUUUGGCGCACCAUUCAACCAAGAACGAUACGACAAAGUUGUUGAAGCAUGUGGCUUGUCUCGUGAUUUGCAAAUACUUAGUGCCGGUGACCAAACAGAGAUUGGCGAAAAGGGUAUCACAUUAUCCGGUGGUCAAAAGCAAAGAGUUUCCUUGGCUAGAGCCUUGUACUCCAACUCCAAGCACUUGUUACUCGAUGACUGUUUAUCUGCUGUUGACUCGCACACAGCGUUGUGGAUAUACGAAAAUUGUAUCACUGGUCCCUUAAUGCAAGGAAGAACUUGUAUUUUGGUGAGCCAUAACGUUGCAUUGACCGCACAGAAUGCCGAAUGGAUUGUUGUUAUGGAAAAUGGAAGAGUUAAGAACCAGGGAACUACUGAAGAAUUGUUAGCCUCGGGAGAUUUGGGUGACGACGAAUUGGUGAAAACUUCUGUGAUGAAUUCCAGAACUCAAUCGAGCCAAGACUUGAAGGCCUUGGGUGAUAAAAACUCUGAAAUGAAGGCCAAAGCUGCUGUCAUUGAACAAAAGUUGCAAAAUUUGAAAACCAAAAACGGCAAUGGAGACGACACCAAUGAGCCACUCGUAAAGACUGAUGGUAAGUUGGUUGAUGAGGAAAGUAAAGCUGAAGGUGUUGUUGGGGCCAAGGUUUACCUUGACUAUGCCAAAGUGUUUGGUGGAUGGCGCGUAUGGACUACUAUUGUUAUUGCAUUCAUUGCUUCUCAGAGUGUGUAUAUGUUCCAAUCCUGGUGGUUGAGAACUUGGUCAUUGCACAGUGAAGAAGCGGUCGAAGUGUACAAUGCAUUUGCCGCUUCAAAGUUUGGAAAAUAUGUUGUCGCUGAAGGUGCAAACUUUAUGCAAAUCCCUGGAGUACGCGUAUUAACUGGUACUGUAAGAAUCAUUUCAUCGAGCAUCGACAAGGUAAAUAUUAUGAAGGAACAACACUCAACUUUGUAUUAUAUUAGUGUGUAUGCUAUCAUUGGGCUUGCAUAUGCUUUAACUGCAAGUUUCAGAGUAUUUGUUACCUUCUUUGCUGGUAUCAAUGCAUCCAACCGUAUUUUCAAGCUGGUGCUCACUACAAUUCUUAAAGCCAAAUUGAGAUUUUUCGACAAGACACCAUUGGGCCGUAUCAUGAACAGGUUUUCAAAAGAUAUUGAGUCUGUUGACCAAGAGGUGACCCCAUUCGCUGAAGUUGUUCUCAUUUGUUUUGUUCAGUGUAUUUCUACAUUGAUAUUAAUCACGGCAAUUACCCCCGGGUUUUUGAUCUUUGCCGUUAUUAUUUCAUUCUUUUAUUACCUAGUUGGUUACUUUUACUUGACAUUGUCAAGAGAGUUGAAAAGAUACGAGUCCAUUACAAAAUCACCCAUCCAUCAACACUUUUCGGAAUCAUUAACAGGUGUUGCUACAAUAAGAGCAUAUGGUAUCGAAUCCAGAUUUAUGAAGCAAAACUUGCAAGCAAUCGAUAACAACAAUAGGCCAUUUUUCUACUUGUGGGUUGCUAAUAGGUGGCUUUCAUUCAGAGUCGAUGCUGUUGGAUCUUUGGUUAUGUUAUUUGCUGGUAUUUUUGUUUUGCUCUCUGUUGGCAAAAUUGAUGCUGGUUUGGCUGGUUUGUCAUUGUCGUAUGCUAUUGCUUUCAGCGAGAGUGCAUUAUGGAUUGUUCGUCUUUACUCAAAUGUCGAAAUGAACAUGAACUCUGUUGAGAGAUUGCAAGAGUAUCUUGAAGUGGAACAAGAACCACCAUACGAGAUCGAGGAAACUGAGCCACCAAAAAAUUGGCCAGAUAGAGGUCAAAUUUCUGUGAAGGAUGUUAGUUUGAGGUAUGCUCCAGAAUUGCCCAAGGUGAUUAAGAAUGUUACAUUUGAAGUUGAUCCAUGCAACAAGGUUGGUAUUGUUGGUCGUACAGGUGCUGGAAAAUCCACCAUUAUUACUGCUUUUUUUAGGUUCUUGGAUCCUGAGACGGGUACAAUCAAGAUUGAUGGUGUGGAUAUUACGACUAUUGGUUUGCGUAAUUUACGUCAAGCCAUCACUAUUAUCCCACAGGACCCAACUUUGUUUGCGGGUACCAUCAGAUCCAAUUUGGAUCCAUUCGAUCAGUAUGACGAUGCACAGAUUUACGAAGCAUUGAAGAGGGUCAACUUGAUUGAACCUAGAGAUUCUACCACGGCUUCCUUCUCGUCAACCAACACCACGGCCCAAAGCUUGACUAUUAAUGGAGAGAUUGGUGAUGCUGGUGAAGUUGUUACCGGAUCCGAAGAGAACCAAAAUAAGUUUCACAAUUUGGAGAAUGUUAUUGCAGAAGGUGGUGGUAACUUGUCGCAAGGAGAACGUCAACUUGUUUGUCUUGCUAGAUCAUUGUUAAAGAAUCCACGUGUCAUCUUGCUUGAUGAAGCAACCUCGUCCAUUGAUUACAAAUCUGAUGCAAUGAUUCAACAAACUAUUCGUGAUGAAUUUGGCCAAAGCACCAUCUUGACAAUCGCUCAUAGAUUAAGAACAAUCAUUGAUUACGAUAAGAUUUUGGUAAUGGAUGCAGGUCAAGUUGUUGAAUAUGACAACCCAUAUGUGUUGAUCACAAAUAAGGAUAGUUUGUUCUAUAGUAUGUGUGAAAAUUCAGGAGAGUUGGAUAGUUUGAUCAAGUUGGCGAAAGAGGCAUACGUGAAGAAGAAGAACAAAGGUGUGGAAUCAAGUAAGAGGAAGUAG